AUGGCUGGAAACGAAGAUGACUGGGGUAUACGGGCAGUUGUGAGAAGUUGCAGCAAGAUGAACAACUCUGCUCAUGUCGAUCAUACCGUUCAUGAGGAUCCUGCUCAUGUCAACUCUGUUCUUGUCGAUCACAAUACUGUUAAUGAGGAUGGUAACUCUGUUAACGACACAACAGACACAAGUCUUUUUCCAAAAGAAAUCAAUAGUGUUGGUGAUUUUAGAGACGCAUUCCCCGUGGAAAAGAAGCGUUACUUUGGGUUAGAUGAAGUUAUCAGUCUUGCCAAUAACAUGAAUAUCACCAAUUCAAGAAUUGAAAAUCAAACUGAAACUAUUCCAAACACACCACUCGUGAUUGUAGAACACGACGAGGAGGAGGAGAAGAACAAGAAGGCCAGAGGAGAUGGAGAAAGAACACUAGGAGUAACAACUGGAAAAAUGUUCAUGGCGAUGGCAACUCUGUUAACACAAGUCUUUUUCAAGAAGAAAGAAAGAAAUUGUGUUGGUGAUUUUAGAGAAGCAUUCGCCGUGGAAAAGAAGCGUUACUUUGGGUUAGAUGAAGUUAUCAGUCUUGCCAAUAACCUGAAUACCAAUUCAAGAAUUGAAAACCGAACUGAAACUAUUCCAAACACCCCACUGGUGAUUGUAGAACAUGAGGAGGAGAAGAAGAAGGCGAGAUACUCGAUGCAAAGUUCAACUACUGAGUCAGGCAACUUGUUUAUUUACCGCGGAAAGAUACAGGAAAGACAUGAAAUAUUGGCUGAGGAAUUGAGUAAGGUGGAUCAUGGGAGAUGGAGAAAGAGAAGGACGAAUCCAACUGGAAAAAGCUACUAUUCGUGUACUGAAGUUAAAAAUUAUCCAGCAAAGAGACACGUUGAGAAAAGCUCAAAAGACCCAACAAAGGUGAUUGUAACUUACAGAGGCCAACACAAUCACCCUCUUCCUUAA